ACUAUUUUUUGGGUUCAAAAAAGAAAGCUCAGUAUCCAUUUUCUCUACCACAGAAGAACCUAGAACCAGACAGAGAGAUAGAGAGAGAGACGACAAGAGAGAGAGAGAGAGAGAGUUGAGCUAAAGGGAUUUUAGUGUAGAAGGAGCGAAUAGUGAAGAUGAAGGAGAUGCAGGCAAUAGAGACGUCGCAGCCGACGGUGGCUCCGGCGGUGCAUAGCCGACAGUUAGGGGCUCAGUUGUCGGGAAGUAUGAGUUUCAGCAGCCAAAUGUCGAAGGAAGACGAAGAGAUGUCGAGGACGGCUUUGUCGGCUUUUAGGGCGAAAGAAGAGGAGAUCGAGAAGAAGAAGAUGGAAAUUAGGGAAAGGGUUCAAGCUCAGCUUGGUCGUGUCGAAGAAGAGACUAAGCGUCUUGCUCUGAUCCGUGAGGAACUUGAAGGUUUAGCUGAUCCCAUGAGGAAAGAAGUUGCUUUGGUCAGGAAGAAGAUUGAUUCUGUCAACAAAGAAUUAAAGCCAUUGGGUCAUACAGUCCAGAAAAAGGAACGAGAGUACAAAGAAGCUCUUGAAGCAUUCAACGAAAAGAACAGGGAGAAGGUGCAGCUAAUCACCAAGCUAAUGGAGUUGGUGGGAGAAAGCGAAAAGAUGAGAAUGAAGAAGCUGGAAGAGCUAAGCAAGAACAUAGAUUCUAUACACUGACUUUGAAUCCAAGAGAGAACAACAAAACUUCUUGGAGGCCAGAGAUCAUUCUCUGAGUGUUUUAACUCUACGUUUAGGUUUUGUGAUGGUGAAUGUAAUUUAUAUUUUAUAAUCGUCGUGUGUUAUAUUACUACUAUUAUCACUAUCUUUUGUUAGGGUUUCCUGGAUAAUUUAAGAUGGUUUUAUUUUUUUUAUUUUUAGGAAGUAACUUCAAAAAAAUACUUAUAAAGACAGGUUUGUAACUAAACACUACUUUUCUUUUCCCUCAAUCUUAUUCUCUCUACUUUGCCUUCAA